UGCAAAAUCAAAGAUAGGCCGGCAGAAGGCGAUCAUAUGAUCGGGAGUCAAGAUGUCGGAAGCAUUAUUCAACGUCGAUAAUGGUUAUUUAGAAGGUUUGGUACGAGGAUUUCGUUACGGAAUCUUAAAACAGUCCGAUUAUAUGAAUCUGGUUCAAUGCGAAACUUUGGAAGAUUUGAAACUUCAUCUGCAAAGCACUGAUUAUGGGAAUUUCUUAGCAAACGAAGCGAGUCCUUUAGCAGUCUCGGUAAUUGAUGAAAAAUUACGUGAGAAACUCGUAUUGGAAUUUAAUCAUAUAAGGAAUCAUGCCGUUAAGCCUUUAUCGACUUUUCUAGAUUAUAUAACGUACAGUUACAUGAUUGAUAAUAUCAUUUUACUUAUCACGGGAACAUUGCAUCAACGUCCCAUCACCGAACUUAUUCCAAAAUGUCAUCCAUUGGGUAGCUUUGAACAAAUGGCUGCAGCACAUAUUCCUUCUACUCAAGCAGAACUUUAUAAUGCUAUUUUAGUUGAUACACCUCUAGCUCCAUUUUUUAGUGACUGUAUCACAGAAGAGGAUUUGGAUGAAGUGAAUAUUGAAGUUAUUAGAAAUACACUAUACAAGUCAUAUCUGGAAUCAUUUUACAAAUUUUGUCAAGAAUUAGGAGGAACUACUGCAGAAGUUAUGUGUGAAAUUUUAGCGUUUGAAGCGGACAGAAGAGCAUUUGUGAUUACUAUAAAUUCUUUUGGUACAGAAUUGACUAAGGAAGACAGAGCUAAAUUAUAUCCUCACUGUGGAAAAUUAUAUCCCGAUGGAUUGGCAGAAUUAGCAAAAGCUGAUGAUUAUGAUCAAGUAAAAGCUGUUGCCGAUUAUUAUGCAUUUUACAAACAACUGUUUGAAGGAGCAGGAAAUAAUCCAGGAGAAAAGACGUUAGAAGAUAAAUUUUUUGAACAUGAGGUGCAGCUAAAUGUCAACGCCUUUUUACGUCAGUUUCAUUUUGGAGUGUUCUUUGCCUAUCUGAAGUUAAAGGAACAAGAAUGCAGGAACAUAGUGUGGAUAGCGGAAUGUGUCGCUCAACGUCACCACGCCAAAAUUGAUAGUUACAUAGCAAUUCCCUGAUCAAAUAAGUCUAAUUUGAGUUGUGAGGAAUAAAGCAAGUAUUUUAAUCUUUCACAUUCCUUAACUGUAGAAAAUUAUCUUAAUUUCUCAUUCCUUAUUGCAUAUUGUACAGAGAAUUAAAUCUACAUAAAAUGCCUGUAUAAAAUACAUGUGUAUGGAAAAGUAUUUGAUUCUGUAUUAACCUGAAAUAAUUGGUGUAAAAUUGUGAUUGUUGAAUGUCGAAAAUAAUUGUAAACUAUUUUACAAAAAGAAGUUCGUUUUGAUUAUUUAUUAAAUUACUAUUGUGUUGUAAAUGAAACAGAAUGAUUUUCGUGUGUUCAAAAGAAUUUUCUGUUGGAGUUGGGUUGCAACUCCUAGAAAUUUUUUCCAAUGUUUUCCAUUACUUUUCAAUCAGAAUUAACUAGAACUAUUUAUAUGGGACCGAAAGUUUGUUAACAAUAUAGAGAAAUAUUGCUUUUGAAAUUAGAUUAUCAACAUUUACAUACAGAAUAAACUUGUAUUAUUCGGAAUAUUGCAUUAUACAGUAUCAAUGCUUAGUUUUAUUUAUGUUAUAUUACGCCGAUGUAUUAUAUGGGAAUUGCUUUAGAGUAAGUAGACUUGAAGUUGUAAGAUGAGAUUGAUUUCUUUUUCUUGACAAAUUUUGUGAACAAGAAAAAAUGUAAGAGACAGUGUUAAAUUCAAAUGUAAUCUAGAAUGUAAAUCAAUAAAAUAAAAGGUGUAAUGAUUUUGUUUGAU